GAGCAUCAAUGUGAGCGCAGAGAUUGAUGGUGGGAUGACCGGCAUGCUCUCAUCUGCCGCGGAAGUUCAAUGCCCCUACCUGAUCUUCGUAGAGAAGGACGUCGACUGCGCCAGUUUCCAAAGCUCAACAGUUUUCACGAGCGUCGACGCAACCAUGGAUGCCAGCAUUUGCGGCGACGGCGAGCUCCCCGAGGACGGUGUGAGCCGAGCCCCAGCGCAGCGUACCUUGAACGAUCUGGACUGGACCAUUGGUGCGUCCGAGACAAAGCUCACCGACUUGAAGCUGGCCGCCCAGGUCACUUUCAGCCAAGAAGGCGACGCGUCCAUCACCAGCGGUGAGGACAUGUGGUCCAUGCAGCUUUGCGAGGUCUUCGAAGAGGUCUUCGCCGUGGCGGGCCGCUCCAUCAUCAUGAUUGCCUGCGGUGCACUCCUCCUCGUUGCUGGCCUGCUGACUUGCUUGAUCGGCCUUUGCUGCUGUUGCUGCUGCGGCGCGAAGGAGUGA